GCGAGGUUUACAGUACAGCCUUUGAAGCACACACACAGGAGAGAAGUGUGAGAUGAGGCUGGUUUCCGUGCAUACCGUUCACAUCGCACAGAUAAAAGAACACGUAUCGAUCUGCAUAAAGAGUUAUUGCAUCAUUAAAUGAGGCUGGACUGCCUUAAUGUUCCAAUGAAUCAUCAAAUGACCCGACCAGCUUCAAAAAUCUGUGCUAAACUCAUGGCAAAGCCAGACAUGGAUUAAUAGUCCUGACAGCCAAUCAAGGCUCAGCGGUCAGAGGAAAGUGGCAAUACAAGCAUACGGACAUUCAACAAGGUCUGCGUGAAUGCACUAAGAUAACCAAGAUUUGAUGUGAAACAGCCACGUUUGAGAACGAUGGAGACCUUGUCCCAGAGCUCCAAGCUGGAGUGCCAAAUCUGUUUCAACUACUUCAGCCAGCGGCACCGUCCCAAACUGCUGCACUGCCAGCAUACAUGCUGCUCCGUGUGCCUGAGCCAGAUGAGGCUGAGUCAAAGAGAGAUCCGGUGCCCCUGGUGUCGGUGUGUGACACAGCUCCCCAGCGGCCUGUCCGUCUCCCAUCUCCCCGACGACCCGGAAGUGCUCUCCAUCAUCAAUCUGUCACACUCCUUCGAGCAUACUCCCAUCUUUAUACACUUACCCAACAACGGUUGCUACCUAUUGCCCGCUCCUCUGGACACUGAUGGGCCGCUCAUCCCCGGGGAGCCAGCGUGCCGCUUCACUCCUAAAAGUGCUGGUGUGUUAAAUGUCUCAGAUGGACGGAGCCUGGUGUUGGGGGAGGAUCAUGGUGAGGAGGGGAUGGGGGACGAGGGGGCGGUUAAGACUACUGCAUGGACAGGAGUGUGCACUGUGCUUCUUGUGGCGUUCAUUUUGUUUUUUCUGCUAGGUAUUGUGUUGCACAAUAUGUCAUGUGUCUCCAAACGAUUCACCAUUAUUUCCUGUGGUUGAGAUCGGUCCAGCGCACACAAUGCAUUGCAAGAUGUCUUGUUUGAUUUUACGUGAUUAUGGAUAUCAUAUAACCUAUAUGACAGGAUAGGAUGAUAACUACACAUGAGAGAAUAGGGUAAUGAAAUAAAACAUUAUCAUAAUCGGAGGUCAAGAAAAUAAUCUAUGCAGAUCAAUAUUUCAGAUGUCAAUGAAAGCUUUGCUUGUUAGGGAAUUUGUCAGUUAAUGUGCAGAAAUGUCAUUUUUUAAUCUAGCAGUAUUAUCUAAAUGUAUUCGCAUGUCUUGUAACUAUAUGAGGGAAAUAUUGUUUCGAGCUGCCUCUAAACUUUACUGAAUCACGUACAGUAUUUUUGACAGUAUAUAGUGUCCAGUUUGUGACAGAACAGUCAAAUCCACAUAUAGGCUGUAUAGUAUCACUGCCCUUGAAUGAUGCAAAUUUCUGUAUGUGUCUAAAUGGAUGUUUUGUUUAAAGAUUUGUAAUGUUCAGCUUUACAGUGUUGACUGUGCCAUUUCUUUCUGUACCAAAUUCGUUUUUUUACUUGUGGAUUUUUACUUUGUCUUAUUAAACUAAUUAAAAUGGG